UUCGUCGCGCGGUGCAUGCCGGGCCCGCCUCAGCCCCCAACAUGGCGUCGCGCUGUCACCUGUGUGUGUGAGGAGGGAGCGGGACGUGGUGGCUGCGGGCGGGCACGGCGGCUCCCGGAGCUCCCCGUUCCGCCGGUGCCGCGGUGGCAACGCGGCGCUCCUCGCUGCUCCCCACCGCGCUCCGGCUGUCCGGCACCCAGGCCGCUGGGGACCCGCCAGCCCCCGCCCUGCCCCCGCCAUGGGAGGGUAGCGGCACCCGCCUCGCCUCAGCCCUGCGGAGCCCCCCCGCCGUCCGCGCCAUGGGGUCUCCGGCGGGCGCCUCGGCGGCGGCGGCCACAGACUCGGCCCAGUGGCUGUCGGUGAAGGAGGAGACCAUCUUCCUGCACGACGGGCUGAUCCGGGUCACCGACCUGGCCGAGCUGCCCAGCGAGAUCAUUGGGGUGGCCGAGCCCGGCGACACCGAGCUGGAGAUACUAACAUUUGAGACCAAGAACCCGACGGAGCUGGCUGAGCGCUUGCGGUCGGUGUGUGGAAACCAGAGCAAUGCUUAUGCUCGGCUGCUGGAAUACCGCCUGAAUGCCCUGCGUGGACUCUGGAAUGCCCAGCGCCAGCUCGCCUUGGAAGAGCAGCAUGACCGGGAGAGCUCAGGGGAUGAAGAAGCUCUGGCCUUGCUCAAGCGGCAAGGCUUGUUACAACAGCCUGAACAGGCACCGUUUACUUCACGGAUGGGGCUUCUGUUGGUCUUUCCCCUCAUUCAGUCUCAAAGUAGAACAGACCCUUCUCUCUGUAACAUAACUGCUGAGGUGCUGUUGAAUUGCCUUCGAGACUGCCAGCCUUUGAGUUUGACUAAGGAACCAGCUGACUGUCUUAACGGGAUAGAGUCUUUGCUGUGCUCCUGGCUGGAAGACACUUCUGCUUCAGGCCAACAGAUUCCAUAUAAGCAAAAAGAAAACGCUGCUGCUGCCCUAGUUGCCUUGGCUUGUGCAAGAGGGUCGCUGAAAACCUUUGUUCACACAGUGCAUCUAUUACAGAAACAGACUGAUCUGGGAUCCUUGCCUGUGGCUGAUGUAUUAUACAGGUUGUUGCUUUUGGAGGGAGGACCUGGAUCACCCUCUUGUUUGCUUGGUGGGAAGCAUAUUGUGUCUUGGGGCUUUGAAGACAUGUUACCUGCACCCGAUGCCAACAGUAGUUCCAGCAGUGAAAGUAAAGAUGCAGACUUAGGGCGCUGUCUUGCAGCAGAUGGGCUCUAUCUUUACACAACUAAUUCAGUGGGCAGAGGAAUAAGCAAAUUAGGAUCUGGAUUACAUGGUACUUUGCGAGGUUUUGUGUACUGCCGUAAUGAGGAGCUGGAGAGCGGGUGGGUUGCUUUUGGCAGCAGCAAACUUCUUCAUCGGCCCGUCUCUUUUGAUAAUAAGCCUCACUCCCUUUUCCAGGUUGUGGACCAGCAUACCCUUCAGGUCUGUCAAAUAAUCCCAAUGCCAGUAAAUCACUUCCCAGUUGGCAGCACUAUGACAACCGUGCAUCUUUCUUCAGAUGGCACCUAUUUCUACUGGAUUUGGUCUCCUGCAAGCCUCAAUGAAAAAACACCAAAAGGCCACUCUGUCUUUAUGGAUAUUUUUGAACUAAUAGUAGAAAAUGGCAUAUGUAUAGCAAAUCCUCUACAGGAACGAAUUAUAUUAAUGAGAAAAGAGGGUGAGUCUGCAAAGAGUAUAAAUGAGAUGCUGCUGAGUAGGCUGUCGAGGUACAGAGCCUCCCCAUCAGCAACACUGGCUGCUCUCACUGGCUCUACAAUCUCCAAUACAUUGAAAGAGGACCAAGCAGCUGCAAACACUAGCUGUGGGCUGCCACUGAAGAUGUUAAGGAAGACUCCAAUAUACACAUGUGGGACAUACUUGGUGAUGCUGGUCCCACCCCCAGGUGGAUCUGGCAGUUCAGCAACACGCUCACUUUUUGGAGGAACAAGUGCUUUAUCAUCCUUAAAAAUUCUGGCCUCCAGCUUGGUGUUCAACAUUUCGGAUGGGCAGUUCACAAGCAGAGCAGAUCUCAUUGAUGCUGCAGGAAGUUCACUUGGACGUGGUGCUCUAGUUCCAGGGCUUGGUGCCUGUUAUGAUACUGUGAAUAACAUGAUAUGGACGUGCUCCAAUGACUACAUUGAUCAGUGGUGUAAUCCUGGGAACCAGGCAUUCCACUGUGUCUGUCAGAGGCUGGGUGUGAGUCAUGUCAUUACAGAGCCCAAAGGGGAUGCAACAAGCACAAAUGAGGUUAUUAACCAGUUACUGCACCAUGUUGGUGCCAUGUGUAUCCAUCAACUCAACCUGCUCGCAGCCAGCAACAAUCUCCCCAUAACAAAUUUUUUGGGCAAGCAACAUCCAAUAGAAGCACAUCACCUCAGCAGCAUUUGUGACAUUAUGGAAAAAGCUAUGGUCAAUGGAGAUACCUGUAUAAUACGCUGCAUCCUUGUUGUCUUUCAGGUGGUUUUUAAGUUUUUCUUCAGCCCACAAACUGAAAGAAACAGAGAUAUUGUUAGAAGGUCUGGCCUGUUGCUCUGGCAGUUACUGAUGGCACCACGGGAUCAGAUUUGCUCUGAAAUCCAGAAGGAGGUUUGCCUAGCCAUUAGCUCUGGUUUAAAUAUCCUGUAUCCUGGAGAAGCAGAAAUCAAUAAUUUAUUGAAAUUAGUCUUAACUGAAGGAGAGAGAAAUAGUGGUCUCUCUCAACUCCGCGAUGUUAUCCUGACUAAUUUAGCUGAACAGCUUCAGAACAACAGAUUUGGAAGUGAAGAUGAUGAUCACUAUAGACUAAAUGAUGAACUUUUGCACUACAUUCUCAAGAUUGUUGUCCGAGAAUCUUGUGUCUUAAUCACCAAGUGCCAAACUGUAUCUAAAGAUGAUUUUCAAAAGCUUCUUUCAACUGUGCCUGCUGCAUCUUCGUGUUUGCGGUAUCUGAUGGCUGUACAGAACCACCUCCUCAGUAACACUAUUCUGAUUAAACCUGAUGAAAAUGAUGACAGUGACAGCUCCUUGCAGGGAGAGACAUUGAAGGUACAGGAGCUAAAGACCAGCAUUUUGUCUCUUGCUACACAAAUUCUGACAGGAUGCGAUGAAGUCUUAGAAAUGCUGCAACAAGUCACUACCGCGCUAAUAAACAGUGACAUUUCGGACAGAGAGCAAAGAUUAAAAGGUCUGGAGCAAAUUACAAAGGCUACUAUGCUUGGGCAUCUGCUUCCUGUCCUACUGACAUCCCUGAUGCACCCAAAUUUGCAGACUCUGACUAUGGCUGAUGCCUUGAUGCCUCAGCUGGUGCAGCUGGUUCUUUACACAAGUCAGACUGCACUGCUGCUUAAAACUCAGUCUCCAGUUUUCUCAGAACUGAACAGUUCUCCCAGUGGUGCAUCAGAACAGAAAGGGAAGCUCUUGCCUGAUGAGAGAAUGCUGGAAGAGAAAGAAGAACCCGGUUUUCUGACGGGUUUGAAGAUCCCAGCUCCCUGGGCUGCUGGGAAGACUGUAGAAACAGUUCAUCCUGUCAGGGAUAACUAUAAAUUUAAAGAAACUGUCCAUAUCCCAGGAGCCCGCUGUUUAUAUCUUAGAUUUGACAACAGAUGUUCUUCACAAUAUGAUUACGACAAGUCUAACAGUGUAUUUUAUGUUUUGAAGUUGGUGAUCUAUGCUGGUCCUAACACAAACAGUAGGAAGGUUGCUGAGUAUGGAGGCAAUACACUGGGAUAUGGCAGCCGUAGUGUCUUAGGAACUGGUUGGCCGAAAGACUUAGUAAAGGUGGAAGGAGAUACAGUCACCUUCUCCUUUGAAAUGCGGAGUGGUCGUGAGCACAACACUCCAGACAAAGCCAUGUGGGGCUUUGCUUGCACUGUUCGAGCACAGGAGUCUUCAGAGGACGUGUCAGGAGGGUUGCCUUUCCUAGUUGACCUGGCACUUGGCCUUUCUGUGUUAGCUUGUUCUAUGCUGCGAAUACUAUACAAUGGACCAGAAAUUACCAAAGAUGAAGAAACCUGUCAAGAGCUCUUAAGAUCUAAACUGUUACAAAGGUGCCAGUGGCAGGUGGAAGCCAAUGGUGUCAUAUCUCCAGCCCUUACACCAAGUCCUUCUCCAUUGCCUCUCACUAUAGAUGAAGAUAGAGAAUUUACAUACCCUUCUGAUGUUCUAGUGCCUCCCGUUGGACACUAUUUUGAUCUGCCCAGAAUUAGGCUGCCUCCAGGAAUCAUGAUCAAACUCAGGGAAAUUUCUGGACGUGCUCGGCCUCAAUUUAGACCUAGUAUAAAGGAUGUGAUUCAGCCAGAAGUAAUGGAGGAGAUGGUAGUUUCAUGUGUGAUAAAACAUCUGAAUUUGGUUGAUGCACUCCAGUCCCUGAUAAAUUUCCAGUAUCAGGAGGAACAUGCUGAAGAAUAUGAUUUACUUUGUAAAAUUAUGGGCGAGACCUUUAAGAAGCUAAAUGCCAUGGAGAGACAAUUGCAGAGUGUGGCUGAGCUGGAGCAGAAAUGGCAGAACGAGGUAGAUGACGCCAUGCAUGGGAAGCUGGAGAACAAUGUCCCAUUCUUUUAUGAUUAUCACUUCAAUGAGAGCAAGAUGAAAGAACUAGAACUUCUGUGUUCAAUGAAAGAAGUUUCUUUUGAUGGAAGCGAUCUGGAGAAUGUGGUCCUGGCAUUAAGGGAGAAGUUUUUUCAAGAGGUGAAUUCGCUGAUACAGAAGACCUCUCAUCCCCUAGCGAAAACCAAGACACUUGUGAAGAGCUUGAUGAACAGAGCAGAGCUGUUGCUGCACGUCACUAUUGCAGCACAGUCUGGGAUCACAAGAAGUAUAUCUGGUACCCCUGCAGAGACUCCAGCCUGUAAAUCAGCAUCUGAAACAAAAGUGAUCUCUCACGCCGUCCGCCAGCCCGUCUUCCUUCGCAGUAUGUCAGCACCAUCCGACUUGGAAAUGAUUGGUAAUGAAGAUAUCGAGUUUGCUAGAUCAAGUCAAAGGCGCCGCCACGUUACCAGCCACAGAAGUAGCUCUUUUACUCUUCUCCAGUCACUGACCAUCGAGGACAGCAGAGAUAAACCUACGUACAGUGUCCUGCUGGGGCAGCUCUUUGCUUUCAUUGGGACAAAUCCUGACCAAGCGGUGUCCAGCAGCAGUUUUCUGCUUGCUGCUCAGACGAGGUGGCGACGUGGGAACACGAGGAAGCAAGCCCUGGUGCACAUGAGAGAGCUGCUGACAGCAGCUGUUCGGGUUGGAGGUGUGACACAUCUUGUAGGCCCGGUGACCAUGGUGCUGCAGGGAGGACCAAGAAUUGAAGAGCUCACAUGUGGCGGGAUGGUGGAACAAGUCCAGGAAGCUUUUGGAGAGACAAUGACGUCUGUGGUCUCGCUAUGUGCUCGCUACCCCAUUGCUUGUGCAAAUAGCAUUGGCCUCUUAUGCACUAUACCUUACACAAGGAGCGAAGAGAAAUGUUUGGUACGUAGCGGCUUGGUACAGCUUAUGGACAGGCUUUGCAGUUUAAGCAGUCAGACAGAAUCCAGUUCAAAUGAAAAACAGACCAAGAAACAGAAGGUGGCCACCAUGGCUUGGGCUGCCUUCCAGGUGCUGGCCAAUCGGUGUGUUGAAUGGGAGAAGGAAGAAGGUGGCUCCACAGAAGCUGUUCACUCUGGUCUGGCUCGCCAGGUCUCCAGCCUUCUUACCAACCACCUUGCCCGAGCCACAGAGUGCUGUGGUAACCAAGCUGCAGGAAAUGAUGCACUACAAGAUGUUCUCAGUCUUCUUAAUGACCUGUCAAGGAGUCACAUAGGUAAAGCAAUCCUGAGCCAGCCAGCCUGUGUGUCCAAGCUUCUGUCGCUUCUCUUGGAUCAGCGUCCUUCUCCAAAGUUGGUCCUUAUAAUCCUCCAGUUGUGUCGUGCUGCACUGCCUCUCAUGAGUGUUGAGGACUGUGGAAAUGUGGAGUUGCCUCCCUGGAGUUACUCAGUACCCUCUCUGAACAGCGAACAGGAUGAUCCCAGUGACCCAGCCUCCAAGAUUGCCUCUCUGCUGUUGGCUAAACUGGCAGAUUAUGUCGUCCCAGGGUGCCAGACAGUUCUUUCUCCAACUGCCUCUGAGCCAGACACUACUUUGGCAAAAGCCAGCCCUAAAAAUUCCAUAAAAGGUGAUAAAGAUCCUGGAGAAGAAAGUGAGGCAGUGGAUGGUAAACUUUCUAUUUUUAUUCAUAAACGGGAAGACCAGUCAUCCCAUGAAGUCCUUCAGCCAUUACUAAGUAGCUCGGAAGGUCGUCCAUUCCGACUGGGAACUGGAGCCAAUAUGGAGAAAGUGGUGAAAAUGGAUCGAGACAUGACAAAAAGCGGCUGUUGUGAAGUGAUUACAGAAGAAGCUGCUGCAGCUCUUCGAAAGGCAACUAAGUGGGCACAGUCUGGCCUAAUAGUUAGUGUUGGGCCACCCAUAGAAACUGUCAAUCCAGAAACUACCAGUGGGUUGUCCACUGGGGACAAAAAGAAGACUGCACAAACAUCUAUUUGCAGAGAGAGGAAUUCUGAGCUUGCCAGGACGGAUCCUGUGAGGCCAUUCAUUAGUGGUCAUGUUGCAAACAGCAUGGCAGCAGAGGUCAUCGCUUUGCUGCAUAGCUUGUUGAUGGCACCAGAAUCAAAUGCAGCUCAGAUAUGGACAACAACUGCUGAAAAAGUUCUGUCUCGGGCUCUGAUGUACAUUCCACAGCUUGGGAAAUAUGCAGAGAGUAUUUUGGAGAAUGGGAGUAGCAGCGGAAGGAAACUUGCUAAACUUCAGAGAAUCGCUCGGCAGGCAGUAGCUGCCCUUUGUGCUCUGGGUGGCUUUAAGGAGACAAUUAAAAUAGGCUCUGAAGUUCAGGUUUUAGGUAAAGGAAUAGCAGGAAGCAUUGGAGUUGUGGCAUCUAUUAAUGAACAAGAAGGUAUAGCAACGGUCAAAUUUCCACCCACCAGUAUAGACAGUAGAAAGACCUCACAAGCAUCAGACACAUUAACUAUUCCAUUAUCUAGGCUGUGUGUUCCAAGGUCUGAGGCAUUGCCUCUUCAUAAACUGUCCAUUACUGAGAAGGUAGUACAGGCAGUCCAGUCCAUGUUGCUCCCUCAGGAGGGAAGUCUAUCUAUUCACACCUCACUUCCUGCAACAGGAGAUGGCUCAACUCCAGUAAUGGCAGUGGUCCGGCUUCUUGCUGAAAUAAGAACCAGAGCAUGCCUGGUGAUGGCUCAGCUGUUAGAAGACAGCUCAUUCUGUGAAGAAUUCAUUCAACAGUGUCCAGCUGCUGUAGAAGUUCUUAAUUUGGUAGCACAGGAGUGCAGCCCUGGGGAGAGGCUCCUUGUUGUAGAAAUGCAGUGUGAAAGGCUACGGAUGUUGUAUCGUGACUGUGCUCGGCCUCCCCCUCCUCCGCUCCAAGCAGACAGAAGGCAGCCCAAAGAAAUCACUUGGAGCCCAUCAAGAGUAUUUCCUCCUGUGCGAGCAUGCAUGUUUUCAUCACAUCUCACUGCUGUGACCUUCUUGGCUGAUCCUAGUGCAGGUGGGGGACUUCCUCGGGGCACAUUCAUCUAUGCCACUUCACCAGUUCCAGUACAGGCACCAUCAUUCUACUGGGAAAUUGAAAUAGUUUCCUAUGGAGAUACAGAUGAUGACACUGGACCAAUAGUUUCAUUUGGCUUUGCUACAGAAGCUGAAAAACGGGAUGGUGCUUGGACAAACCCCGUGGGCACCUGUCUCUUUCACAACAAUGGGCGAGCAGUGCAUUACAAUGGCUCCAGCCUGCUACAGUGGAAGAGUGUUAGACUGGAUGUGACUCUUUCUCCUGGGGAUGUAGCAGGAAUUGGGUGGGAAAGAACAGAAGGGACUCCACCCCCUCCAGGGCAGCCAGCUAAAGGCAGAGUUUAUUUUACAUACUGUGGGCAGCGACUUGGGCCCUAUCUAGAAGAUGUCUCUGGUGGAAUGUGGCCAGUUGUCCACAUUCAGAAAAAGAACACAAAGGUCCGUGCGAACUUUGGAUCUCGCCAGUUUGCCUAUGCUGAAGGACAGGCUCACAGGAACGCUGCUGAUCUCUGCAUUGACCUCGCUGAAGAAAUCAGUGCCAAUUUUGAAGCAUUGCCUUUUGCCAUGGCUUCUGAUAGUGAUAAUGAUGCUGGCACCAGCAUCGCUUCGGAUCCUGGGACCCAUGGACCUCCAUGUAGAAUUGCAGCCGUUGCUACAGCUCAACAACAAUAUGACAGUGACACAUCUUGCCACUAUAAAAUGGAGCUAAGUUAUGAGAACUUUAUCACAUCAGGCCCCGAUCCUCAUCCCCCUCCUAUUGCAGAUGAUGAAAGUGAUGAUGAUGAUGACGAUGACAUUCCCCGGGAGGAUCACUAUGCCCUGUUGGUUAAAGCCUGGGAAACUAAAGUUUUCCCUACAAUUAGAAGAAGAUUCCGUAAUGAGGCUGAGAGGAAGUCUGGGUUGGAUCAGAUUAAAGGAGCUUUGCAGUUAGGAAUGGUUGAUAUAGCACGACAAACCGUAGAAUUCCUCUAUGAGGAAAAUGGUGGCAUCCCAAGAGACCUCUACCUUCCCACUAUCGAGGAUAUCAAAGAUGAAGCAAACAAAUUUACAAUUGAUAAAGUACGAAAAGGUCUCACAGUGGUGACUCGCUCUCCUGACAGUAACAACAUCACCAGCAGUGCUGUGGGAACAGCUUUACCCAAGUUUGCUAUUCGAGGGAUGCUGAAGACAUUUGGUCUUCAUGGUGUUGUCCUGGAUGUUGAUUCAGUAAAUGAAUUGGUCCAAGUAGAGACUUAUCUCAGAAGUGAAGGAGUUCUGGUGAGAUACUGGUAUCCUAUUGACAUGUUGGAAAGGCCACCAGCUGGUUAUAGGAGGACUGCAACAAAUGGAUUGGUUACCCUGGAUAAUACCAAUAUCCAAAUUCACAGAGAGCUUUUGCGCAGUGAAGCUUCCCUGGCCAAGCUGUACUGCCGCAUGGCUCUCCUCAAUAUCUUUGCUCCCAAAUCUCCACAUAUGUUUACUCGGCUGUUCCAUAUUCCUGCUAUCCGUGAUAUCACUCUGGAGCACCUGCAGCUGCUAUCCAAUCAACUGCUUGCACCACCUCUUCCUGAUGGAACAAUCAGUUCAAGCUCUAUUCUUUUGGCCCAGUCCCUGCAACACUGUGUCCACUCCCAGAACUGUGCUGCCACAGACCUCUUCUACCAGGGCAAUUCACAAGCCAUCAGAGAGUGGCUCACUGUUGCCAUCACUCGGACGCUGCAUCAAGGAGAGGAGAGUCUGUUAGACCUCACUAAACAGAUCUGCUCCUUUCUGCAGGCAGCACCAGAACAAUUUCCUGCUGAAGAAUUCCCAAUUUCAGAAUCCAAGGUCAAUAUGGAUGUUAAUUUUCCUGGGGCUGCAUUUGUAAUUGUGUCCUGUAAGGAAAGUCAGUCUGGAUUCCGCAAAGAUUCAUCCCUGUAUAAAGCUCCUUGGGCUCGAGUGCUUGUCUAUGGGCUUGGCCAUAAAGUCAAAAGGAAUGGUCAGUUAAACCUAAUAGAGGCAGUGUGCUAUCCUCGAGAUGCCUCUCCAACCAACACAGGCCUAACACCUCCCCCAACAACCAACCAGUACCCCUCAGUGAUCACCCCUACGGACAAGGUCCACAUCAAACUAGGAGUAUCACCUCCUCCUGGAGCUGUGCUGGUCUUGCAUUCUCUUCCACUUGAAUUCCCCCUGGCAAUGGCAUUCACAGAGCAGCUGUUAACUUGGAAAUUGGAAGAUGGGGAUGGAAAAUCAGAAGACGAGCUGGAUACUAUUCCUGCUUCAGUUCUGUUGCAAGUAGUGGAAUUUUUAGGCAACUUUCUCUGGACAACUGACAUGGCAGCAUGUGUGAAGGAGUUAAUAUUUCACCUCUUGGCUGAGCUGCUUCGUAAAAUUCACAAUCUGGAGCAGAAGAAGAAUCCAGCAGGAUUGUCAUCUUCUAUUGCCCUCCAGCUGAACCCCUGCCUGGCUAUGCUGAUGGCCCUGCAGUCAGAACUUCACAAGCUGUACGAUGAAGAAACACAAAACUGGGUGUCUGGAAAUGCAUGCAGUGGUUCUGGUGUUGGAGUGGCUGACCAGGGAAGAUUUUCAACCUACUUCCAUGCUCUGAUGGAAGUCUGCCUUGCUGUAGCAGAAGUAACCUUACCUAUCAAUAUGAGCGUAACAGCUAAUGUGAUGUCUUCGACAAGUGCCCCAAAUCUUAGUGACUCUUCAUCCUCCUCUUCAUCCUCUCCAGGACAGACACCACAGAGUCCAAGCUUGCUGUCAAAGAGGAAGAAGGUCAAAAUGAAGCGGGAGAAGACAUCGUCUUCAGGCAAACGGUCUUCAUCCAGAGCAGCUGACACAGAUGCUGCAAUCCUCAGUAUAGGAGGAAGCAAGCCUGAGGAUAUGUUAUGGUUUCAUAGAGCGCUGACUCUGCUUAUAAUUCUCAGACACCUAACGAAGAAGGAUCCACAAGGACUGGGAGUGACAAAUGAUGCUGUAGCAGAUGCAUGUCAGGCACUGGUAGGUCCCACAGCUCACAGCCGCUUGCUCGUCAUUUCUGGGAUACCAACUCACUUGGAGGAGAGCACUGUCAGAAGUGCCAUCAGAAAGGCAUGUAAUGCACAUGGUGGAGUCUUCAAAGAUGAGAUCUACAUCCCUCUGCAGGAGGAGGAUCCCAAAAAGAUUAAGGACAAAGCAGAAGGAGGAGAGUGCAGAACUGAACUGGAAAAACCAACUGUUUCCAGCAGUGCAGACAGUCUGGAUAUCAGCAGCUCCAGCAGCGUCACCCCUGCCAUGAGUGUCAGUGCUUCCGCAUCCACCAGCCAGGCUUCCCUCUGCAGCUCACAGGGCAUAUCCCGGACCAUUAGUGAUAUCUCAGUUGACCAGUUUCAAGCUGGGUUGGAACUGGCCAUCCCACCAGGAUUGCUAGAGCCACACGUCAUUUCCAGCCAGGAGAGUCUGGAUCUUUCCCACUGCAGUACUGGCAGCCUUGGCAGCCUCGGCAGCCUCGGGGAGCCACUGGACAAUGUAGAAACAGCGUCUGUGUCUGAUGUGGGAUCCAUGUACACAGUCACAUCUCUGGACAACCAGCCACUGCUGUCACGGCCAAUCAAAGGUUUUGCUGUAGUGGAGAUAAGGUCAAGAGCUAAAAUAGAGAAGAUCCGAGCCAGUCUGUUUAAUAGCAGUGACCUCAUUGGUUUGUCAAGUCUGGAUGGUGAAGAUGAACUGAUGGAAAUGUCAACUGAAGAGAUUUUAACUGUUUCUACUGUAAAUCAGAGCUUAUUUGACACACAAGGGAGCCCAGCACUAGAAGAUUAUUUCAAUGAUAAGUCAAUAAAGGGUGAGAAACUGGUGCCAGGAGCUCGGGAGGUCCUCACAGAAAUCUUCAAGAGUUGUGUCCAUUCUGAGCAAAUGCUGAGCCUAACUCCAGCCAAACCCAUUAAGGUCGCUGAUAUCUAUCUUAGUAAAGAGCAGAUAAAUUCUCAGACCCCUGGAAACCUUCUUCACUUGUUCUUCACAAAUGUCCGCCCUCCAAAGAAGGUGCUGGAGGACCAGCUUACUCAGAUUUUAAGGAAAUACGGUGUGCCCAAGCCGAAAUUUGACAAGAGCAAGUACAACAAGGCAGGCAAAGAACAGCACCCAGUGAAGGUUGUGAGCACCAAGCGCCCGGUUACUAAACCACCUACAAAGGAGAAGUCUAUGCUCAACAGUGUCAGCCGGACAGCCUUAAGUGAGAAGAAACCUACUGUAAAGCCCAAAUCUCCUGAGAAGAGCAAACCUGAAGAGAAGGACCCUGAAAAGUCUCCCACAAAGAAACCAGAAGGUGCAUCGGUGGAGCUGUUCCAGAGGGCAGCUGAGGAAUUGGUGUCCUUGAAAGGAAAGAAUGAGCAGCGUUUACCAAAGGCCAGAUUGGACCUGAAUAACAUGCUUAGAACUAUGGGAGAGAGCAGCCAUGGUGGGAUGGGUAGAACCAGGAGAAAGCUGACAGUUCCUGAGGAGAAGUAUUUGACCCUGGAUGGAUUUCACAGAUUUGUGGUUGACCGAUCGAAACAGGACAUCCGUAGUGUGUGGAGAGCUAUUCUGUCCUGUGGAUAUGAUCUGCAUUUUGAAAGGUGUGCCUGCAUUGAUGCAAGACACGCUCAGAAAGCAUCCCGCAAAUGGACCCUGGAAAUGGAUGUAGCCCUUGUCCAGUACAUUAACAGGCUUUGUCGUCACCUUGCUAUUACACCAGCACGACUCCAUCCCCAUGAAGUUUAUUUGGAUCCAGCUGAUGCAGCAGAUCCUAGAAUUUCCUGUCUGUUGAAUGUUCCCGUUGAAAGCCUACGCCUGCGGUUUGCACUGCUCCAGUCUCUCAACACGACCUUGGAGACGUUCUUCCUGCCGCUGGUGGAGCUUCGGCAGACGGAGAUGUACGCGAACAGCAUCGCCGCACUGCUGCAGGAGGCCAAAGGUUUAAUCUUUUAUGACACAAAAGUAACGGUAAUGAACAGAGUGCUGAAUGCCACUGUGCAAAGAACUGCUGAUCACGCAGCUCCAGAGAUCACCCUGGAUCCCUUGGAAAUCGUUGGAGGGGAGAUCCGCUCCUCGGAGAACUCCUACUUCUGCCAGGCUGCGCGGCAGCUCGCCUGCGUGCCGUCCUCCCAGCUCUGCGUCAAACUGGCCAGCGGGGGGGACCCUACCUAUGCUUUCAACAUCCGCUUCACAGGGGAGGAGGUCCAUGGAACGAGUGGAUCCUUCCGUCACUUCCUUUGGCAAGUCUGUAAAGAGCUGCAGAGCUCCUCGCUCUCCCUGCUCCUCUUGUGCCCCAGCUCUGCAGUCAACAAGAAUAAGGGCAAGUACAUCCUGACUCCCAGCCCCAUCACCUAUGCGGAGGAGCAGCUCUUCCACUUCUUCGGGCAGCUCUUGGGUAUUGCGAUCCGAGCAGACGUUCCUCUGCCGCUUGACCUCCUGCCUUCCUUCUGGAAGACCCUGGUGGGAGAGCCUCUGGAUGCAGACGUUGAUCUCCAGGAAGCCGACAUCCUCACCUACAACUACGUCAAGAAGUUUGAGAACAUAAAUGACGAGACAGAACUGGAAGCUCUGUGUGCAGAAAUUGCUUCCCAGCACCUGGCAACGGAGAGCCCCGACUGUCCUAACAAACCCUGCUGCAAGUUCACCUACCUGACCAUGACAGGGGAGGAGGUGGAGCUGUGUCCACGAGGCCGGCACAUUCCAGUGGGGUGGGAGAACAAGGACGUGUACGCGACAGCGAUCCGGAGCCUGCGGAUGCGGGAGCUGCAGACACCGGAGUGCAUGACCGCGGUGCGCGCUGGCCUGGGCUCCAUCAUCCCCCUGCAGCUCCUGACCACGCUGACCCCUCUGGAGAUGGAGCUGAGGACCUGUGGGCUUCCCUACAUCAACCUGGAGUUCCUCAAGGCACACACCAUGUACCAGGUGGGCUUGAUGGAGACCGACCAGCACAUCGAGUUCUUCUGGAGCGCGCUGGAGAUGUUCACGCAGGAGGAGCUCUGCAAGUUCAUCAAGUUCGCCUGUAACCAGGAGCGAAUCCCCUUCACGUGCCCGUGCAAGGACGGGGGCCCCGACACUGCCCACGUCCCCCCGUACCCCAUGAAAAUCGCCCCCCCUGAUGGAGCUGCAGGCUCUCCGGACUCGCGGUACAUCCGCGUCGAGACGUGCAUGUUCAUGAUCAAGCUCCCGCAGUAUUCCUCGCUGGACAUCAUGCUGGAGAAGCUCCGCUACGCCAUCCACUACCGCGAGGACCCCCUCAGCGGCUGAGGGAGCCGCAGGGGCCUGUGGGAUGGUUCCAAGGCACCGCCACCGUUGGAAACCCCUCGAUUCCCAUACGGACGCCUCCUGUGACGCUGGGGGAGGAGCUGGAGGUUAAUUUAUUUCCUGACCUUUUCUGUUCCCGUUGAUUCCUGGAGGACAUUUUGUAUUUGUAGACUUUGUGGUGGACUUGGUUCUUUCGCUGCCUUGUUUGUGGAAUAUUUGUAGGAUAGCUCAGUAAAGACCAGUUUGUGUCUGAUUGAAUUCCGA